AUGCCAUCUUAUGCAAAAUUUCUGAAGGAUAUGCUCUCUAAGAAGAAGAAGCUAGAGGAGAAUGCUACUGUUGCGUUUAAUGCAGAGUGUUGUGCUAUUUUGCAAAAUACACUUCCUAAGAAAUUAGGUGAUCCGGGUAGCUACUCAAUUCCAGUGAAGCUUGGGGAUAUAGAGAUCAACAAGGCAUUAUGUGAUCUUGGUGCAAGUGUGAGUCUCACGCUGCUCUCUAUUUGCAAGAAACUUCAAAUGGGUGAAUUAAAGCCUACGCACAUGUCUCCACAACUUGCGGAUAGGUCAGUGAAAUUUCCCUUGGGUAUACUUGAAGAUGUUCCUCUUCAUGUGGGAAAAUUCUUUAUCCCAUGCGAUUUUGUUGUGAUGGAAAUGGAGGAGGAUGCACAUGUCCCUAUUAUAAUUGGUAGACCAUUCUUAUCCACUGCAGGUGCAAUCAUUGACAUGAAGAAUGGAAGAAUCACUUUUGAGGUGGGAGACGAGAAAAUGGAAUAUUCACUCUUGAAUGCUAUGGGAACUCCUUCCAUGGGAGAGUCUAUUUUCCAAGUGGAUGUCCUUGAUGACUUAGAACGUGAGAAACUUCCCUUGAUCAAGACAGAUGAUGCACUUAAAAUGGUAUUGGUGGGAAAUGCCAAUGAGGAAGAUUGGGAAACAAGGGAGUACAUGCGGCUACUUGAGAAAGGAAAAGCAAAUCCAACCACCGCUCUAGUGAAGGAAGUCCUUAGUGUAUCAAGUGUUGGGGAGACUACUACGCCUCCCGAGGUAGAGUUGAAAUCCCUUCCCUCUACUCUUAAAUAUGCAUAUCUUGAUAGUAAGUGGGUUAGUUCUGUACAAGUAGUUCCAAAGAAAGGAGGUAUGACCAUUGUCAAGAAUGACAAGGGCGAGCCAAUCGCCACUAGAACUGUUACAGGUUGGCAAAUGUGUAUUGAUUACAGGAGGUUGAACAAGGCCACCCAGAAGGAUCAUUUUUCCCUUCUAUUUAUUGAUUAG